AUGUUUCACCGUCGUCACCCAACUACCACCACUACCAGCGAGUCGAAGCCCUCUCUGAUGACUCGUCUCCGUGGCCCCGGUGCUCGGAAGCAAACGGUUAAUACCAAGACCACCACUACCCGCCACGCUCCCUCUACACACCGCACCACCAAGCGACACUGGGGAACCGCUAGACCUCAGCACCACCACCGCAAGGUUACCAUGGGUGAUAAGUUCUCUGGGGCCAUGUUGAAGUUGAAGGGAAGUUUGACUCAUCGUCCCGGUGUCAAGGCCGCUGGAACUCGCCGUAUGCAUGGCACUGAUGGUCGUGGGAGCCAUUCUCAUCGAGUGUACUAG